AAAUCAAUAACAACCCCAACCCCGAACCCCCUCGUUAAAAAUGUAAAUGCGAAAAAAUUCAAUACUGUGCAGCCAUACACGACGGCCACAACGCGUUUCUUUCAUUCACCGAAUUUCGUUUUUGGCACCCCAAAAGAAAUUAUUCCCCGAUAUUCGCAAUUAGUUUUGGAUCAAACCCAUCAAUUGGUAAUUUGAUAUCACACAAUAGAAUUGCAUACAAAAAUCCAAGCACCGCCAAAAAAAAAGAAGAAAAUAAUAAAAUAACACACACGCAAAAAAAAAAGGAGAAAAGAAGUGACAAAACGAAGAGCCCCCAAAGUGUGUGUGUGUGUGAGCGAGAAAAGAAAAGUGCGUGAAACGAAACGUGAAACGCGCUAAGCGAAAGGCGAAACGAUUUCCUCUGCUUUGCAAACCGGCAAAAAGAAAAGAGUAUAUAUAUAGUAUAUAGUAUAGGGUAGAUAGUACAAAGGGGCAGUGAAAGUGACAUGGCAAACGCGUAGUUCAACCAACCAACUAACCAACAAAAAAAACACGAAAAGAAAAGAAAUAUGCUAGGUGUGGCAGUAGUGGCAGUGGCAGAAGUUGGAGCUGCAGUGCAUCGCUGCUAGCGAGGAGCAAAAAAGCCAGAAAGCUAUCACAGCCGAAGCCGGUUGGAGGCAACGCAACUCUACAAAGACGGAGACGGAGACGGAUAGAGGCACGGAUAGCAAAAGAUUCUUGGAACAGUUCAGAUAUCGGCAUCGGCCACGGUGACAACGAGAGGCAACGGCAACGUCAGCGUCAACGUCAACGGUGGCGGCUGCUGCUUGUUGUGUUGUUGUUGUUGUUGUUGCUGGCAGUGGCAGGUACAACAACAAUGAUAAGCAAACCCGGUUCGCACACAUAACACUUUGGGGCGGCAGAGAACGGCAUGGUGAAAAUGGAGUCCACUGAAGAACAGGAUAGAAAGCUUGUUUUGGAGUUUUGCCAUUUGCUAGAGAAAUCCAAACAGCUGUUCAACGGACUCAGAGAUCUGCCGCAGUAUGGCCAUCGACAGUGGCAAGCGUACUUUGGACGCACCUUUGAUGUCUACACGAAACUGUGGAAAUUCCAGCAGCAACAUCGCAUGGUGCUCGACUCAAAGUAUGGACUGAAACGCUGGCAAAUUGGCGAGAUAGCCAGCAAAAUCGGACAGCUUUAUUAUCACUAUUAUUUAAGAACCAGCGAAACAAACUACCUGAAUGAGGCGUAUCAGUUUUAUGCGGCAAUCCGAGGACGUGCGUAUUAUUCGCGUGCCGCCAAAGAGGAUCGACCCGAUUUGAUGGUGAAGAAACUGCGCUAUUAUGCACGCUUUAUUGUCGUCUGUCUGCUGCUCAAGAAGAUGAAGCUGGUCCGCGAGCUGGUCACCGAAUUGGAAAAGCAAAUACAGGAGUACACAAACACUUACGAGCCCGAGGAUCAUUUGGAAUGGUCUCUGGUGCUGGAGGAGAUUAAGGGGUUCAUUAAGGCAGAGGCAGCGGUAGCCGUGCUGCAUGCCGAUUCCAAUCCAAUCAUAUUAUCACACAGUGGUUCCGGUUCUAGGUUAUCACCGCUAACGACGCCGCCGUGCGAGCGUUCCCCGCACAUGACCCUCAGCCUCCAGGAGAUACUCAUUGUGGGCUCAGCCUGCGAGCAGGCCAAAUUCUCCGAGCUCACCAUGGAUAUGUUUAGGAUGCUGCAAACAUUGGAGCGCGAGCCAACGGAGUCGGCUACGAAUCCGCUGAGCAUGUCGCAUGGGCUGCAUGGACACGACGCCAGUCCGGCGGCUAGUCGCAUACCACCAUAUGGAGUGCCGGGAUCCAAGGGAUUCUUGGAGAAUGGUCGUCAUUAUCGAGACAAUCCUCAUAAAUAUUUACUAUACAAGCCUUCGAUUAGUCAGCUGCUGGUGUUUCUCGCCAGCGGCUUUAAGGAACUGCCACUGGGUGGUGCUUUACUUUUGUACAUGUCAGCGGACGGCUGUUUCUCCACCACCAAGCAUCCCGAGGACUAUGGAUAUGAGCUGGGUGGCCUGGCCACCAGUGUGAAACGCGAUAGCGUCGAUGGCGGCGGUUUGUCGUGUCGUGGCAAAUCGUACAAGGAGAAUCAUUGUCUCUAUCCGGGUGAUCUUUAUCCGUUUACGCGUCGGCCCAUGUUCAUCAUCAUCGAUUCGGAUAAUUCGUUUGUCUUUCAGCACAUACCCCGCUACUUUGGCCAGCCGCUGGUCGUCCUCAUGUCCCCCCAAGAUGUGCCGCCCGCAUUCCAAGCUGAUGUGCAACAUCAUGGCUCGCUGUUUACAUUAUUCCUGCACUCUCCGCUCACGGCGCUCUGCUACAUUUGCAAUGUCGGUGAUGUGCCCAUUCAUCACUGGGAGCGCUGUCAAACCUAUGUGGAUCGUUUCAUCACCGAGGCCUCGCGUCUCGUCACACGUUGUCGCAUCGAUGAGAUCGAACAGGGCAUUGGUUUUAUUGACUCGUCCUAUGUUCAGUUCUUUGGCGACGAUUUUCUGCGCACACUCAUCUUACGCUUCGUCUUCUGUGAUGUUGUGCUCCGCUUGCAUCGCGGCUUCCGAGGUCGCCACAUGCGACCGCGCUGCGAGCCGCAGCUGCCGGCGAAUGAGCUUCUCGAGCACCCCUCGCUGUCGCACAUCAUAUUCCAAUUGGCAUCGGCGCUCGAUGUGCGCGGCCAUUUCUCCGAGGGUCCCGAGUGCGACUGAUGACUUUUUUUGGCCGUAGUCUUAGUUCUAGUCAUAAUUUUCUAUACGCGUCAGCAGUUGAUCCAACUUGUAUCCUCGCAUUGCCUGGACAGACACCUUUCGUUGAUACCUUAUGUGUAUAAUAUUUUACCGCCUGGUUGGAGCUGGUCUUGGAGAUGGAGUUGGACUUGGAUUAGCUGGAAUGCCAGCUAAUUGAAGUGUGCGUGUGUGUGAAACUGAUUUAGUUUAAUUACUAUGAUGAUGAUAAUGAUGAUGAUGUUUUGCCGCUAUUGUCGAAAAGUGCAUAUUCAACUUUUAUAACAUACAUACAGAGAAAAUGGAAAACACACAACAAAUCACAUAAUAUUAUUAACAUGAACAAAAAUACAUACGAGUAUAUUAUACCCGAUUACUUACGAGUAUAUAUGAAAUUAAUCAAGUAAUUAGCUAGUUUUCUUAUAUAGUGCGUCGCGCAAUGGAAUGGUCCAAUGUUAGUUGCUUAGCAUAUACAUAAAUAAUGAGAGAAAAACCAUAUACACAACAUAAUUAACUAUAAUUAAAUAAUACUUGAAAUGUACGCAGAAUGAUGAAUGGGAUUUAAGUAACAUGUCAAAGAACCUAACAAACGAUAACUGCCAAAAAAAAAGAAUAAAUCAAAUUUAGUUGGAAAUAGAAAACAAUGUCGAACAAACAAUUUUUAAUAAAUUGAAGCCAUUUUUACGGAGAAUUAGAGCAGAAAUAUAACAAAGGAAAUUACAAAAUAAUAAAACAUUAUCAUUAUACGCAGCGAUAAAUAUUUAGCUUUUAUACAACAUGACGAGAAUAACGGAGAUCUAUAAUUAAUAAUAAUAAUAAUGAAAUCUAUUAACACGACACACUAUAUAAGAAAUGCGUUUUUUAAUGCAUUCUCAUGCAUUGUACACGACGCUCAUAACAAAUUAAUAUUAAAAAAUAAAACCAAUAUAUAUAUAUAUAUACACAAAUAUAUAUAUGAAAAUAAUAAUAAUUGCAUAUAGGUAUUAUUAUGAUUACAAGAUGACUGAAAGUUACUGUUUCAAAAAGCAAAAUUUAGCAAAUAUAAUAAUUACUUAUAUACAGAUAAAGCUAGUUAAGAACAACACAAAAAAAAAAUAAUAAUAUACAAAAUAUAUUUUGCGUAUGUUAAAUAACUUAAAAUUAAAAACAAACCCAGCAAAACCAUUUUAUACGAUGAAAAAAACAAAAACCUAUACAUGCGAAAUCUAUACUUGAAAAGCAAAUAAAUUAAUUCAAAUAAAAUAAUAUGAAUCACGAUUUGGAAUUCACACUCAGUUAAAAGAGUUUAUGCGUUAAUAAUACUAAAAUGAAUCUUUUAUUUCUUUUGGCGUGAAGAUAGAUAUCGGAAAUGCAUCGAUAAUAAUCCCCAUAAAGUAAUAAUAAACAGUUAAAGAGACAAACACACACACACAUAUACACGCAUAUAUGAAAAUAAAUCUAGUUAAACGCAUAGUAAAUAUAUUUAUAAUUGACAGUUUUUUUUAUCACAAGCCCAAGACAACAUUUUGCUUUACAGUUAUUGUUUCUAAUAUCAAAUACUUAAGAAUUCUGUGCAUUUUUCAAAUAUUUCAAAAAAACCAAAAUCCAAAGUAAGCUUUUAUAAAUUUCGAAAUUCACAAGCAAAAACGUAUUAACAAUAAACAAAGCGCAAGCGAUUAAUUAUUUUUGAAAGUUCUUAAUACUCUUAACAUCUUUGUUAACAUAAACAAAUUGUAUAGACUCUUGACAAAUUUAUUUAAAUAUUGUACAUAAUUAAUUCUAAAAAAAAAACAAAAA